GGCGGCGGCGGCGGAGGGAAAUCUUGUUUGGUCAGAGUCUCCGAACUGUGCGGUGACUUCUGAGCACAGAUCAAUACGUGUCUGUCCCGGCUCGGGGCGGGGGAGGGGGGGGCCCGCCCGGCACAGCGCCGGCUUUUUGGGGCUGGGGGCAGCGUUGUGGGGAGCGCAGAGCCGGCGGGGAUGUCACCGUAGAUGUCUGUGUGUCUGCGCGCGUGUAGAGAUCUAUCUAUCUAUAUGUAUAUACAGAGAGAUACGGAGCGUAACACCACGUUUCUUAAAAUUUCGUGCAGGAGUGGAAAUUAAAUAACCAACUCGCGGGGGAUCAUAAAAGGCUUCGGUGGGAGCGGGGCGAGUCCGCACCGCGCAGGUGAAGCAGAGACCUCUCCGAGAUGUCAGGUAUUAGUCCGGAGGGGCAGAUCUGCGAGCCACACAGCAGCUCCCGGGUCUACGGUACAUUAGCCUCUCCGUGGGAGAGGGAUCCCAGACAGCUCUGCUGGGGAGCCAGCCCAGGAGAUUUGUUAGCGGGCUGCUCCGGGGGAUACCAGCCACCUCCGGCACCCGAGCGCCAAAGGUGCUUGUGUUGCUGCUGCUGCUGCUGCUGGCGCAUUUCAUCCAAACUCCAGCCAGAGCGGGGGCAAGUUGAACCGGAGACAUUAGAGCCACUGUGCUUUGGAGAGACGAGGGCGCACGGGGAGCGCAGCAGCACCAUGCCUGCUAUCAAGAAGGAGCGACUUGACAGGGAAGAGAUGGCCCUGGCAGCUUUUAACCAGCCCAUGGAAACCUUACCUGACUAUCUCGCCCCUCUGGCCGCCGCUGCCAUUCCGGUGGUCACCCCGCACCCGCCGGCUUACGACCAGAUCUUUGCCCACCGCGCGUACCUGGGCUUCCACGAGACCCACCACCCCCACCCGCACCACCCGCACCACCCCCACCACCUCCCCGAGGACCUGAUGCUGGAGAGGUUUUCCUCCAUCCCGGAUUUCCAGCCCUUCUUUGACAACGGAGAGCCUUGCAUCGAGGUGGAGUGCGGGGAAAACAAGGCGCUGCUCUACAUCAAUAAGUUGUGCCAGGGGAGCAAAGGACCCUCUAUCCGGUACCGGGGAGAGUGGCUCACCCCCAACGAGUUCCAGUUUGUCAGCGGCAGGGAGACGGCCAAGGACUGGAAGCGCAGCAUCAGGCACAAAGGGAAAAGUUUGAAGACUCUUAUGUCCAAAGGAAUCUUACAGAACCGGGGCCGCCUGGCAGAGAAGAGGACGAUCCCUUUACCUCCCACCAGGAUCCCGAAGAAAGAGCUCACCUCGAUUUUCUCACACAGCGACGACAGCGAAGAGAGUGACAAGAGCAAUGGUCAGCACCCCGAAGUAAAGCAGGAGGAGGAUCUCCACAUCAGUAUCAUGAAAAGAAGGAUACACACCCACUGGGAUUUAAACAUCUCCUUCCGAGAGACCUCUUGCAGCCGUGAUAACGACCUUUCCACUAUCAUCUCCAACCUGCACCAGAGCCGCCAGCUCGUUAUGCCAGAGACCCAGAGCCGCUGUGAAUUCAAGAGAAACAGCAUCGAGGUUGGCCUGGGAGCAGCAGAUGAAAUUUUAGGCAAGAGAAGAGUAUGUUCUCCCAACAGCAGCAGUGAGUGUCCUUUAGAAAGCAAGAAAGCCAGAAGUGAGUCCCCAAAGGAAAACUCCCACACGCCUCUGCUCGAGGACUCGGUGACUCAGAUGACCCCGGAGGAGCACUACAGACGCAUGAUGUCAGCACUGAAUGAGCAUGGCACCUUUGAGGAGCAGCAGCAGCAACGUCUCUACCAGCUGGCCAACAGCAUGGCAGUGCCCAGCCACGGAGAUCUCCUGCGGGCGCGGCAAGAGGUGGCGGCGGCGGCGGCGGCGCGGAACCCCGGCGCGAUGGAAGCGCACAUCCCCUCGGCCAGCAACUCUUCCAGCCAGCGGAGGAAGCAGGGCCUCCCCCAGCACAGGGACACCCACUUCCCCGAGAGGGAGAUAUCCCACCCACCGCCUCUGCUCUCACCCCAGAACGCUCCCCACAUUGCCCUGGGGCCCCACUUGAGACCUCCCUUCCUCGGGGUGCCUUCGGCGCUGUGCCAGACGCCAGGUUACGGGUUCCUCCAGCCGGCACAAGCGGAGAUGUUUGCACGGCAGCAGGAGAUGCUACGAAAGCAAAACCUGGCCAGGCUGGAGAUGUCGGCCGAGAUCAUCCGCCAGAAGGAGCUGGAGAACCUCCACCGCCAGAGGCUGCUGGCCGGCGACCCCCUGAGCCUGCACCCGGGGCUGCCCCCGGACCACCCGGCCCUGCGCAACGUGCACGACAUCCCCGAGGGCCACCCGCUGCGGGAGGAGCUGUCCCGGCGGAAUGCCAUGCUGGUGCUGCGGCACAACAACACCCCGCUGCUGUCCCUCAACCCCGCCGUGCCCGGCGCCAGCUCCUCCACGCCGCCCAAGGAGCAGCCCCGGCGGGGCAGCCGGAAAACCGCGGGGCAGCACCGCGCCGAGCCGCAGGGCGUGGGCGAGGCCAAGGAGCCGGCGGAGCCGCGGGCGCGGGACGGGGCCCCGGACUGUAACGACGAGGAGAUGAAGGACUCGGAGAGCGACGCGGACGUGAGCGACGAGAAGCCCGAGAGCCUGAAGGCCGAGGGCGGUGGCGGCGGCUCGGCCGCGGAGCUCAAGGAGUGCAAGGAGGCGAGCAAGGCGUGCGAGGGGGCCAAGGAGAUGGGCGAGGCGGGCGCUGCCCAGAAUGCCCCGUGCAGCUCCUCGAGCGCAGAGUCCCCCAGCCACCUGCUCGGCCCCGGGAUCAACAAGGCCGAGGUGAAGUACCUCCCGCCGGCCUCCAUCCCGCCGCCUCAGCCGCUGCCCUUCGGGUUCCCCUACACCAUGAGCCCCUACUUCCAUGCAGGCACCAUGGGAGGUCUGUUUCUGGAUGGUGAGGAGAGCCCUGCACUGGAAGACAUCAGCAAAUGGACGGUGGAGGAUGUUUGCAGCUUUGUGUCCAACUUGUCUGGCUGCACCGAGUACACUCAGGUAUUUCGAGAGCAGGCCAUUGAUGGAGAGACCCUGCCCCUCCUGACAGAAGAGCACUUACUGAACAACAUGGGGCUGAAACUCGGGCCUGCCCUGAAGAUAAGGUCACAGGUGGCCAAGCGAGUGGGCAGAGUGCUGUACAUGGCAGGCUUCCCCAUGGCUUUCCCCCUGCAGCCCCCCGGGCUGAGGCCCCCGGAGCGGGACGUGCCCACGGCUGAGCUCCGGCCGGCAUCCACGGGCAGCGUGGCCUCUCCCUUCGGGAGCGGGGUCCCUUCCUCUGCCAGCCGGGGCUCCCCAAAGCAGGAAAACGGGAAUCCUUCCCUCCUCCCCGGGCUCAAUGACACCACGAAACCUCCGUCCUAACUGCGGGAUGCUUCUGGGACUUUGGGGAUCCAGCGGGACGAGCCGAAGGAUGACGCCAGAGCCUCCCCCCCCGCCCGCAGCGCGAGACGCAGGAGUGAGGGAGGAAAAGGGAGGUUUUGAUUUGGUUUUUUGGUUUUUUUUGGGACGAAUUUGCUUUUUUUUUUUUGGUUUGGGAAAAUAAUAAAAAAAAACAAACGGCAGAAGAUUUCAAAAAAAAAAAAAAAAGGGAAGGAAAGAAAAUGAUCCAAAGAUGUCCUGAGACAACGCGAGUGAAGAGAAGGAUUCUGGAGGAUGGCUGCAGCAUUCCUGUUCCCUUUCUCGCCCAGAGAUGGAGAGCCCUGGACAGGGAAUGAACGCUGUUCUUUGCCUUCAAAGAAUCCUGGCUGUCAGGAACUCCUGGGUGUGACUCCAAGCAGGGAAGGGGAAGGGGCUCUGCUCCUCCCAAUGGUACUCAGCACCCCUGAGCAAAGAAAAAAAAAAAACCCAUCAAAAAAAAAAAAUUCAUCGCACCAACCACCUUCCCAGAUCUCUCCUCCUCCCUGGAAACUGUGCUCAGUUCCUCAUUCAGGUGUCUAUGCAUCUCUAGCGACUUUGAAAACAAUACCAAAGACAGACAAAAAAGGAAAAAUUUAAAAAAAAAAUAAAAAUAGAGGAAUUUAAAAAAAAAAAAAAAAAGGAAAAAAAAAAGAAGGCAAGUUCCCGUCCAUGUUUACUUCCGUGCGGAUGGUACGGCACCGGCGGCUCCGUGCUGGCCCCUUCCCUGGCACGGGGCCCUGUCAGCACACAGGAGAAUGGACUCUGCCUGUGCUCCAGCCCUACAGAGGUGUCCUUUAUUUUUUUCUUUCCCCAUUAGAUGUUUUGUUUCAAAAAGAAGAAGGAGGAAGCGUGUGCUUGGGUGGGAUGAAGGCUCACAGCCUCCCUCCUCACACGGCCAACAGACUCAUUUCUACAUCUGGGGUGGGGUUGAUUUUUUUUUGUUUGAUUUUUUUUUUUUUUUUUGUUCCUAGGGUUGGUUUUUGUUCUUCUUUAAAGCCUUGUUACAGAGGUGGAUGUAGUUGCACAUUCUGGCCUGCUGUGGACCAUGAGACAGAUCCCUGGGAGGGGGAGGGAUGCUGGGGGCUAAAAAACAAUGGGCAGAGUUUUUACUACUGUGAAUGAGCUGGGAACUCCUGGGGGUGACCUCCUGUGACUUGUACAGUUGUGAACAACAAUCACAUGUGGUACUUUUCUCUCUCUCUCUCUCCCCUGCCCCCUUUUUUUUGUUUGUUUGUUUUUGUUUUUUGGUUAAACGUUGCACGUGCUACCGUUUUUUUUCUUACAAAAUAGCUUGGUGGUACAUUAGCUUCUUUAUAUUGUAAAAAAAAGUUUAAAAAAAA